AUGAUAAAAUAUAGUCAAUGUUUGGUGUCUGCUACUACUAAUAGUACCAAGACAUCAAUGAAGGAGAAAUCAACUUUGAAAUUUUCAAAAGCUCUAGAAUCGUCGCUCAAUAGGGAUUUUGAUAAGUCAAAUGAGACUUCACAUUAUUCAUACUUAGAAAAUGAAGAUAUUGAGCUACAUCAAACACAUAACAAGUCAUUAUCAGAGGAUAAUGAAAUUCCAAGGCCAGCUAUUCCUGUUGGAUCUCGUUUUCAAGCUGAAGUUCCUAAGUGGGAAGGCAUANCAAAUGUAAAUAAUGAUGAUGAUUCAAAGUGGCUAGGUGUUCAAGUUUGGCCAAUGCCUAAUAUUAGUGAAAGCUGCANANAAGGAAUUGGGGAAGGUAGGCCUGACUCAUGUUACUGUAAAAAUUCAGGAUCAGAUGAAUGUGUUAAAUUACACAUUAAGGAAGCAAGAGAACUUUUGAAAUUGGAGAUUGGCGUGACAUUUUCAAGUUGGAAGUUUGAUGAAAUGGAAGAAGAAUUUUCACAGUCAUGGACAUUAGAAGAGGAUAAGAAAUUUGAAUCUCUAAUGAAAUUUAAUAAAUCUUCAAAGACCAGAAAUUUUUGGAAGCUUGCCAUGAAGCAUUUUNCAUCUAAAUCAUUGAAAUGCAUGGUAAAUUACUACCAUAAUGUAUACAUCCCAAGAUGUUUAAGCAUGGAGACUAGAUCUUUGCAUGAAGUUGACAGAGAUAGUGAUCAAGAUGAUAACUUCAAUAAAAAUGAUUCAUGGAUAGGUUCAACUUUUGAUGUAGCUUAA